AUGACAAAGAGUAGAAUAGAGGGAUUGUUGUCUGCUUUCCCAAAGUUGGUUGGUAAUGGCAAGCAACAUACAUUCAUCGAGACUGAGAAUAUUAGAUACGUCUAUCAACCAUUGGACGCACUCUAUUUGGUGUUGGUAACAAACAGGAACUCCAAUAUCCUCGAGGAUCUCGACACCCUGCACCUGCUGGCCAAGCUCGUGCCCGAGUACUCGACAUUCGACGAGGCCGACGUCUCAAGAAAGGCCUUUGACAUCAUCUUUGCCUUUGACGAGGUGAUUGCCAUGGGCUACAAGGAGCGUGUCACCCUGCAGCAGAUCAAGCAUUUCAUCUCGAUGGAGUCGCACGAGGAGGAGCGCGCCAAGAUGGAGCAACAGAUGCGCGAGCGUGACGCCAAGAACGAGGCCGUCAGAAGAGCCAAGGAGAUCGAGCGACAGAGACAGGAGGCAUUGGCCAGAGGUGGUAGCGGACGUGUCGGUGGAGGCAUGGGCAGCGGCAUGGGUGGAGGAGGCAUGGGCGGCGGUAUGGGCGGUGGCAUGUCCUCAGGAUCCCAUUAUGGAGGUGGUGGCAAUGAUCAUACCUCCCCACAAGAAAGGAGAGAGCCAACUCCACCAGCAAAGACUGCACCUGCAAAGGAAGCAUCUGGAAUGUCACUCUCAAAGACCAACAAGAAGUCUACAUUGGCACAGGUGUUGAGAGAGGAGAAGGUUGUCGACAAGGAGGAGGAACUCGAGGCUCUGUUGUCUAAUGAGCCAAAUGCAGCUCCACAAGCACCAGCACGAGCAGUCCCAACUGAGCCAGUACAUUUGAUCAUCGAAGAAGUGUUUACGUGCCGCAUGGAGAACGAUGGAACUGUGGAGAAUAUCGAUAUAAAGGGUGGACUGACUGUAUCAGUUGAGGAUCAGAGUUUAGGAAGAGUCAAGGUUCAACUGCAACAAGGUCCAAGUGCCAAGAGCUUCCAAUUCAUUACUCAUCCUAAUGUUGACAAGCCAGCAUUUACAUCACAGUCGGCUUUGAGACUUAAAGAGGGACAGAAGGCAUACCCAUCGGGAGGCGUACUGAAGUGGAGAUGCAAGACCACAGAUGAUUCGAUGAUCCCACUCAAGGUGAACUGCUGGCCAUCGCCAAGCGGACAAUCGACCACUGUCAACUUGGAGUACGAGUCAGUGGUGCCAUUUGCGCUCAACAACAUCGUCAUAUCGAUACCAAACCCAACGGCGGCGUCGCCCGUCAUUGGCCACUUUGACGGCCUGUACGAGUACGACACCAAGCAGAAGCUGGUGCACUGGAAGAUACCCAACAUCGACGAAUCGAACCGCACAGGCUCCAUGGAGUUCACCGUCAAGGGUGCUUCGAGCAACUUCUUCCCCGUCCAAAUCGUCUUCACUGCCAACCAGUCACUCUGCGACCUCGAGGUCAGCCAGGUCGUCUCUGAAGACAAGGGUGGCGCACCAACCAAGUUCUCCACAGAUGUUCAGUUGAUGGUCGAGUCGUACGAGAUCAUCUAA